GGGAGCAGCGGCACAGCACGGCACGGCGCCAAGAUGGGCCGGACGGUCGUGGAGCUGUUUUACGAUGUGAUCUCCCCGUACUCCUGGCUGGCGUUUGAGGCUCUCUGCCGGUACCGGCACAUCUGGAAUAUUGACCUGCGUUUCCGUCCAGCUUUCCUUGGUGGCAUAAUGCAACAAACUGGUAACAAGCCACCAGGCAUGUUACCAAAGCGAGGUGAAUACCUGGUGAAGGAUGUGAAAAGGAUGGCAAAAUACUACCAGGUGCCUCUACGCAUGUCUGCAGAUGCCUUACAGCAAAUCAUCCGCACAAGCAGUCUGACGGCCAUGCGCUUUAUCACAGCCAUUGACAUGACAAACCCACAGUACCUGGAACCCUUAUCCAGAGAGUUCUGGAUGCGGUUUUGGUCACAGCAUGAAGAUAUCACUCAGCCAGAGAACCUAUUGACAGUUGCCCGACAAGCUGGGCUGUCAGCAGAGCUCUCCCAGAAGACACUUGAAAUGAUUUCAUCAGCUGCAGUGAAGGACCGACUGAAAGAGACAACAGCUGAGGCGCUGAAAUAUGGGGCAUUUGGGAUGCCUGCUGUUGUGGCACAUUAUGAAGGGGAACCUCAUCUGUUUUUUGGCUCUGAUCGUUUAGAGCUGCUAGGCAGCUUUAUAGGUGAAAAAUGGUUGGGACCAGUUCCAAGCCCCAAGCUGUGAAAAGUCCCAAGGAAAUAUACAGGAAGGAAAAUAUAUAUAUUUUAAUCUUCAGUGAUUAUCUGAAUGUAUUCAAUUGCAUGGAGAGAUGGCUUUCUCAUCCUUAACGCUUUAUUGCUUGGUCUCAUCUCUAAUUUUAAAGAAUUUCAACGUUUGCCAGUAAUAGCAGCCUGGUGUUUACUAAUACAAAUGUGCUCCCUUUCUUUCAACAGAUUAAAGAGUAACAUUAAAGAUUUAACUUCUUGCAGA